GAAGGGAGGCCUGGGAAGGGGCCUUUGCCCUUUGGACAGUGCAGAGAAGUUCAGAGAGAGAGAGAGAGAGAGAGAGAGAGAGAGAGAGGGAGUAGAGAGAAGGGAGAGAGACUGAGAAGAUGGAGAAUCCCAAUGUACAGAGCAGAGACAGCAGAGUGAAGACCCAAAUAAAUUAAUGUUUCUUACCUCAUCUCACUUCUCUCUCCUUCUUUGAUCCUACAUCAAAUCUUAUGAUUGUUUAUUUUUGAAUUUCCGUUUCUAUUUUCUCGUCUAAUCCUCUUCCCUACCCUACUGCUGCACCAAACUCACUCACCCAUUUUUCUCUCUAUCUAUCAAUCUACCUGUUCCUCUGUUUCUUCCCUUGUGAUGUGGGUGUGAUCUGGGUGAGAAUUAGUAGUGGGCUAUCAGCUAUGUGAUCUGAAAAGAGAGAGGUAUAAACAAUCGAAUCCAUUUACCCUUUUUUCUUUUAAUUGUUAUAGGUUGGUUAGAUCGGAAGCUGUUAGGGUGUUAUGAGAGAAGAGAAGUCUGAAAUGUCUGAAGAUGAGGACAGAACGGUGGAUCUUGGUGGCGCCACCUCCGGUGACGGCGGUGGCGGCGUACCCCAUGAAACAUCAUCCAACAAGACCAUGAGUUGUCCCUUGCCGUGCCCAGAUCAAGUCCUCGAGAACGUUCUCGAGAACGUUCUUGUCUUCCUCACAUGUCGCCGCGACCGCAACUCUGUCUCCCUUGUUUGCAAGUCCUGGUAUAAGGCGGAGGCGCUGACUCGGUCCGAGCUCUUUAUCGGCAACUGUUAUUCUGUGUCACCUCGCAGGACGAUCGAGAGGUUUGGGAGGGUGAGGUCUUUGGUGCUGAAAGGGAAGCCAAGGUUCGCUGAUUUUAGUUUGAUUCCUAACAAUUGGGGUGCCAACUUCUUUCCCUGGGUUUCGGCCAUGUCUUCUGCUUAUCCCUGGCUGGAAAAGGUUUACUUGAAGCGCAUGUCUGUCACCGAUGAAGAUUUGAACCUUCUAGCCAAUUCCUUCCCGGGUUUUAAAGAGCUCGUGAUCGUUUGCUGUGAGGGGUUUGGUACCAGCGGCCUUGCUGCCAUAGCCAGCAAGUGCAGACAACUUCGAGUGCUUGAUCUGAUUGAAGACGAUGUUAUGGAUGAUGAAGUGGACUGGAUAUCCUGUUUCCCGGAGACUGGGACAUGUCUUGAGUCUCUCAUCUUUGAUUGUGUCGACUGGCCUGUAAGCUUUGAAGCAUUGGAGCGAUUGGUGUCUACGUCUCCUUCUUUGAGGAGGCUUAAGUUGAAUCGGCAUGUCUCCAUUGGGCAACUUCACCACCUAAUGGUCCGAGCUCCACAUCUGACACAUCUUGGAACAGGGUCUUUCAGCCUGUUGGAGCAGCCAGCACAAGAAGAUCAAAAUGCAAAUCUCUCUCAGGCUUUUGCGGCUUGCAAAUCCUUAAUCAGUCUCUCAGGAUUUAGUGAUGUUGUGCCGGACUAUCUCCUUACAAUCCAUCCAGUCUGUGCUAAACUCACUUCGCUCAAUCUAAGCUAUGCCAACAUCAAUGCUGAGCAACUCAAAUCUGUUAUCUGUCGUUGCCAUAAGCUUCAGACCUUCUGGGUCCUUGACUCUGUGUGCGAUGAAGGGCUUCAGGCUGUAGCUGCAACUUGCAAGGAACUCCGUGAGCUUCGGGUCUUCCCCACGGACGCCCGUGAAGAUGGUGAAAGCUUUGUCUCUGAAGUGGGCCUUCUUGCAAUUUCUGAGGGCUGUAGAAAGCUUCGAUCCAUCCUAUAUUUUUGCCAGCAGAUGACGAAUGCCGCUGUGGUAUCUAUGUCAAAGAACUGUCCUGAGCUUGUGGUCUUCCGUCUCUGUAUAAUGGGACGCCACCGACCUGACCAUGUGACUAGGGAACCCAUGGAUGAAGGGUUUGGAGCCAUUGUAAUGAACUGUAAGAAGCUCACAAGGCUUGCAGUAUCUGGAUUGCUCACUGACAAGGCAUUCGGUUACAUAGGCAAAUAUGGGAAAUUGGUGCGCACCCUGUCUGUUGCAUUUGCAGGAAACAGUGAUAUGGCGGUGAGGUAUGUGCUUGAGGGCUGCCCUAAAUUGCAGAAGCUUGAGAUCAGGGACAGCCCAUUUGGGGAUUCUGCAUUGCUUUCUGGUCUGCAUCACUAUUACAACAUGAGGUUCCUAUGGAUGUCAUCAUGUAAACUGUCUCUUCAAGGUUGUAAAGAGGUUGCUCGGAGGAUGCCUCACCUGGUGGUUGAAGUAAUUAGGGAUGCGGAGGACGUGAGCGAUGAUGGCGUAGAAAAGCUAUACAUGUACCGAUCUCUUGAAGGGUUUAGGCAUGAUGCACCAGAAUUUGUGUCAAUCUUGUAGGCUUGUAUCUGUAGGCUAGUGUCAAAGGAAAAGUCAUCUAUUACACACAAACAUGGUUGCCAGUGGACAACUUUUAGUCAUUUCAGCUUUGCCGGAGAGAGGAAUAUUGCGGGUACCUUUUAAAACCCACAAUUAGGUGCGGGAGCUCCUUGUCAAAAGAUGGUAGUACCUAUCAAUUUUUUCUUCACUGGGCAGUUGGUAAUGGCAUUUGAAGAAGAAACCUGGCGAUGGACAUGUGGUCUUUGCCAGGUGACCUCCCAAGGUGCAAGGAGGGUUCGUCGAAGGGCCAUUAAAUGUAGGUGAUGGAUGUUUCUAUAAGGUGGGGUUCACUCAUCCUAUGUUGUAUUUGUAGGUGAUCAAUUUUAAUGUUUCUCUAUUUAUCAUAAAAGAGAUGGGGAGGAGAGGAGCCCUCAUCAGAGUUUGAAGAAUCGGAGAAUUGAUUUUUCCUAUUGGUUCAAGAUCAGAGAGGUCAGUAUGCUCGUCCAUGAUGAAGAAUGGGAGAGAUUCAGAAAGUGAAAAUUGGCAACUUCUAAAUUCUACCACUGCUUUAUAUUGGCCUAUUUCUGAAUGAAGACUCGGUUAUCUUUCUUCAAAUGGUAGUUUGACUUCAAAAACUGUUACUGUUUAUUAUUUUAGGAUCAGGGGAAAUGCCCAGAAAUUGCUGUAAGAGAAUUGAAGAAAGAUUGAUUUCUCUUCCCAUUUCUUUCUUUUCCCAAUGUUUAUUUGAUUUUCUCAAA